CCGGGCAACAGCCAAUGGGCCGAGGGGAUUGUGCUCGGUGGGGCUGCCCGGAAUGUCAGCGUCAAGUGGGUCAGAUACUGGUGGAACUGACUGAGAGCUGCAGUCCGGGCGGAUGGAGCCCAGUCCCUGGGAGUGAUUGUCCUGAAAGACCAAGCUCAGUUUUCGUUCUUCUGUAACCGUCACCAUGACCCUGACAAAGGGCUCUUUCACCUACUCCAGUGGGGAGGAAUACCGUGGCGAGUGGAAGGAGGGCCGCAGGCAUGGCUUUGGUCAACUGAUGUUUGCAGAUGGUGGCACCUACCUGGGUCAUUUUGAGAAUGGGCUUUUUAACGGCUUCGGGGUGCUGACCUUCUCAGAUGGAUCAAGGUAUGAGGGGGAGUUUGCCCAGGGCAAGUUUAACGGUGUCGGAAUCUUCAUUCGACAUGACAACAUGACCUUUGAGGGGGAAUUUAAAAAUGGUAGAGUCGACGGUUUUGGCCUACUAACUUUCCCGGAUGGCUCCCAUGGUAUGCCACGCAAUGAAGGCCUAUUUGAGAACAACAAGCUGCUGAGGCGUGAGAAGUGUUCAGCCAUCAUCCAACGGGCCCAGGGUGCCUCCAAGUCGGCCAGGAGCCUCACUGCCUGACGGGGCCCUGGGCAUCAGCUGGCGAGGAACUACAAGGCUAAAGGCCUCACUGUGCAGCCUCUGUGAACUAACGGGGCAGAUCAGAGCCACCAGCAGAACCCUGGAGCAGCAGCCCAGUGCUGCAGCCCUCCCUGUGGGUCAGGUGCUCUCUCAGUCACAGGAAACGGUGAAGGGGCUGGCUCGUGGGCCCUGCCGCCUUGGCCAGCAGUCUGGCAUUUCUUCCUCCUCAUGUAAACAAGGAAGAGGAAAAGCCACCUUGUCUCCCUUGUUUUCCUUCUGUUCCUACGCCUUAGGAUUUCCCAGUGCACACCACCUGUGGCCUGUUCCCACCCUCGGCCGAGUGAUAGAGAAUCACCUCUUCACUCUGCCUUUACAGGGGAAAGAUGAUC